UCUUUACCAACCCGCGCAAACCUAUGAUACUUGCUCUUGCCAGGGCAGAUCCUAAGAAGAAUAUUACGACUUUAGUUAAAGCAUUUGGAGAGUGUCGCCCUUUGAGGGAUCUUUCUAACCUCACAUUAAUUAUGGGAAACCGCGAUGAUAUUGAUGAAAUGUCGAGCACAAAUGCCUCUGUGCUUCUUUCUAUUUUAAAGCUGAUUGACAGAUAUGAUCUGUAUGGUCAUGUGGCAUAUCCGAAACACCACAAGCAGUCUGAUGUUCCUGACAUCUAUCGUCUAGCAGCAAAAACAAAGGUACUUUUAUCUGUUAAUAGUAAUCUUAAGUGGGAGAGAAGAGGCAAAGCAACAUAUACCCAGGAAGAUAUUGAUGUGGUCAGAAAUGAGUGGGCAAAGUUUAUGGUGAAGACAUAUAUAGAGGAUAGAAGUGACCCGAGUACUGAUGAGGAAGAGUAUUCCAGCACAGGAGUUGAUGAGUCUGCAUAG